CACAACCACCAAACCCUCCUCAGCUGGGCCCCGACCAUGUCCGCCGACUCUCCCUCCUCCGCCGCCGGCGAGUUCACUCUCCGUCCCCCUCCUUUCUCUCGCAUAUCGCCGGAGGCAAUGAUAAAGAAGAAAAGAAACACGAAGCCGAUCUCUGGCAAUAGACGGAGGUUCUUAAGCCCGGCGGCGGCGAUUCCGGUGAUGCCGAUGCAGUGCUCGCAUUACGUGCCUUGUAUGGGGAGUCCAUACGCAUUACAUUACGUUGUUCCGCGAUGGGGGACGCCGGUUGUUUGCCCGGCGGUGGUGGCGACGUUUGUGGGUGAUGAGAAGAGUGAUUCGCCGGAGCUUCUUCAAUCCUCGGCCAAAGCAAAUGCUCCAGAAAGCAGCAGCAGCAUCACCGGCGACAAAUCCAAGACCCCAGACCUCCAUGAGUCAUCUUCAAAUAACGGGAAGAAAACAAUGAAACCAAUAAUACCAUACGUCACAGCCAAAGGAGACGGACUUCAAGGAAAGACUACCGGAGGUUUCUUAUACAGAUACACAAAGGUUGAUGAGCUGAGGAUAAUGUGUGUUUGCCAUGGCCUGAGCUUCUCGCCAGCGGAGUUUCUGCGACAUGCCGGAAAUAGCCAUACUUCGGAGCCGCUCCGGCAUAUCAUCGUCAUGCUGUCACCGGCGAGAAGGUAGAAGGAGAUGACAGAGAUGUAGUGAUUGUUGUUGUAAUUUGUUUGAUCCAUAGGCUUUUUGAGUCACUGUUAUAUGUUGUUGGAGUUUUAUGUAGGUGGUGUUCAAUGGGAAGGUGUGGUGAGAUGUGUUAUGGAGUCUGAGUUGAGUAUGAGUUCAU